CAUACCGCCAUAUUCGUCCGAAAAUUAUAAACAUCAACUUCAUGCUCCAGGAUCUGCUACCUUUUUGACGUAAAUAUGAGAUAAUUUUCUCGUCCUAGGCUCAGAUCUCGAAAGCGAAAUAUCGGAAGCGUUAAAGUGUCAACACCGAAGAUUAAAUAUGCUUUUUGUCAGGUAGAAAAUGAAAUUUUAUCACCAUAAUGGUUUUAUCAUGGCCGAACGAUCACAAACUCGCUGAAGAUGAAGGGUGUUUAACCCAAACGACAAUGGAAAGAAAGUCUGAAGUCUGGAUCGCUAGUGACUGUUGUUAAAGGACAGAAAUAUGAACGUAAAAACCGAAGACUUUACGAUCACAAGAAUCGAUUCACUGGAUCAAAACAGCGGGCUUUCCCCUGGAGGAAAAUCUGUUGGGGAUUUCUUGCCAAAAUCAGAGAGCGAUCAAAGUCAAGCUUCGCCGAACAAAGAUCAUCCUUCAAAUUCGCCUUCUCUGGCCGGUCUUUUACAGCGUUUAUUAGGAUGUCUGAAACCUGUGUGGAUGAUUCUUGGUAAGGCUUCAAAAGAGCGGAAAUCAGAUUCGUGGGUUAUUCCAUUUGACGAAAUUGGCGAGCUGGAAUGGUUGGGUUCUGGCGCUCAAGGGGCAGUAUUUUUGGGACUUUAUGCUGGACAACAAGUCGCAGUGAAGAAAGUUCGUCGCGAGGCCGAUACCGACAUUAAACACUUGAGGAACAUAAAUCAUCCGAACAUUGUCAAAUUCAGGUGAGAAAAUUUGUUUGUAAAUUUGCUUUUCUUAGAUGUCAAGGAUUAUUGUUCGAGUGAAGGUCGAACAUUACUGGUACAGACAGGUCUCAAAUGAGAAAAAAAUUAAAAUUUAUUUUAUUUAUAUAGCUUUUCGAUUGAUGGCAGUUUUAGGAUUAAAACGGUUCGGUUUAUUUUGAAUUUAAUCAACAUAUUUAAGACUAAAAAAUUAGUCUAAGAAUAUUUUUUUGACUGCUGCUAUAUGUAAAAUCGUUCAUACAAGAUUUCCUCGACGUGUUUAUAAAGCGUACUUUGAUCUUGUUUUUUCUCUUGUGACUCUUUUUUUUUUUCUUUUUUUCUUUUUUCUUUUUUUUUCCUAAUGUUUUGAUAUUUCUGUUUUCUGUUGUCCACUUUUGGGAUAAAGAUUAUAAUUUUGCCUUCGCAAGCAAAUGAUAAUGAUGAAAGAAUAAUUUUGCCUUCGCAAGCAAGUGAUUAUAAUGUUAAAAGAAUAAUUUUAAUGUUGUCUUUAUGUAUGUUAAUUGUAACGAAGGAAAUCACUUCAACCAUUUCACUCCCGAUAAUUUAUCAUUGGAACAACUUAUAUUCCCCUAAUUGAUAUUGUUCUUCAUUCUCAUCACUAGUCUGCUUGAUUUUUUAUUGACAUUCUAAAGAGAAAAUCUGUCUUGAUCACUCUUGAGUUUGAAAGGGCUAAGCUAGUGACUCACUGUACCAGGUGAUGUUGAUGUGUUGAUUUCUGUAAAUUUGAUCAGCAGUAAUAAUUGUGAGGGAAGUUGACUAUGCAUGAUUUUAUUCCAUUGUUGUCUUUCCUCUUACAAUUUGUGUCAGACUUUACCCUCCCUACCUCAUAUAACUUUUUCAGCUUAAUUUAACUCUUCCCCUCCCAGGAGUGACCAAGACAUAAUUUCUCAUUAAAAUAUCAACACAAUGUCAACCACACAAGAGAAUAAAGAUGAGAGUAAACAGAAUUAUCAAUUAGGGGAUUGUUAGUUGAUCCAAUAACAAAUUCUCCAAAUUGGCACUAGAAGAAUUGUAUGGUUUACAGUAAGGAGACUUAUUAAUGAGAGCUUGAGAGUAAAAGGCUUAAAUUCCAUUUCCAAGAUCAGCAUAUAGAGUUUGAAGAAAGAUUUUUAGUUUCGGGUAGCCAUAAUGAUGAAAGGUAAGCAAUUACUGAUUUGAUUCAGCUCCUGAAUGAUUUUGAAUUAAAUAUUAUUUUUUCACUCAGAGGAAUAUGCAAUCAAGCUCCAGUUCACUGCAUAGUUAUGGAAUUCUGUCCAAAUGGUCAACUAUAUGAGGUUUUACGUAAUGGACGUCAAAUCACUCCUUCCUUACUGGUGAAGUGGUCAAAGCAAAUUGCAGAUGGAAUGCAUUAUCUUCAUGUUCACAAAAUUAUUCACCGGGAUUUGAAGUCUCCGAAGUAAGUAACAAUUAAAAUUUCUCAGAAAAUAAAUCCUUUUAUUCAAUAUAAUUAAUAUAUUUGAAGUAUUACAAAGAUCACACAAUGAUUUUUUUAUAUCAUACAAUUAAGUUGAAAAUAAAAGUGGAUACUCAUCAAACUGAUAGACUUUCUGUACCCUAUCAAUUUUUUUUCGACACCCAAUUCUUGAUUUCCUAUACUGCCCAAGUUUGAAUGAGUUAAUAUGUUUUGCAGUUUACAUUAAGCAUUUUUUAAAAUAAACUAUAUUUUGUUCAAAACUGGCAUUUUCUUUUACAAUUCCCAACCUUCCUAUGAUGGAAAAUUCUCUACAACAAGUGCUCUUUUGUUUGCACCAGUGCAUGAGGUGAUUGUUGUGGAGAGAUUUGACUGUCAGUAACAUUCACAUCUACAUGGUAUUCCUACACAUUUGGAAAGAUUUUAUAAAUCAUUCAUUAAAAAAAAAAAACAGUUCUUUAAAUGUAACACUUAUUACAGGAGAUGAAAUUGCAUGGGUACCAAUCAGAAUUUAAGGAGAACAUGCUGAGUGGUAGAUUCCUGUGAUGAUUUCAAGCCUUUUGUGUUUAAUAUUCUUUUCAGUGUCCUUGUUGGUGCAGAUGACCUGCUCAAAAUAUCUGACUUUGGUACCUGUAAGGAAUUCAGUGAAAAGAGUGCUAAGAUGACAUUUGCUGGAACUGUUGCUUGGAUGGCUCCUGAAGUUAUCAGAAAUGAGCCCUGCUCUGAGAAGGUUGAUGUAUGGUAAGAUUUCUGACUGUUUUUCAAGUACUUGUAACAGGGUCCUAAUCCCCAAUCAGUUUCCACUCAAUGUAGGUUCCACUAUAUGACCCCUAUUUCUACUCUAAAUUAAAAGUAUAACAAAAUUCUUGAAUAUAAUUGGCUAUCACCAGCCUGAUUUGAGCACUAAUAGAACUGUGUAUGUAUCAUGCUUGUAAUUGGACAGUGUAAUAGGACAGUUAAAGGGGAUCAAUAUCAGUAUCUGGGCAACUGCCCACCUACCCCUCCCCUAACCCAACAACAGUCAAUUGAUAACAACUUAGGGUGAAUGUUGGGUUAGGGGAGGGGUAGGUGGGCCGUUGCCCAGAUACUGGUAUUGAUCUGUGAAAGGGACAGUUAACAUGUUAUAUAUGUGUAAGUGGACAGAAUGCACCAUGUGCGCACACUGGUGUCUCACAUUUCAUCGAGUUAAGUGUUGUUUUAUUUUACGAAAAUAAUUAACAUUUUUCCUCAAAUUUUGUCAUAGUUUUGAUUAAUUGUUUACUGGACUCCAUGUUGUCCAAUUCUGUCCCACUUAGCAGUCGUCCAAUUUCAUUGAUCACUCGUAUGAUUACAGGCCAAAUUGGAUACCACUUAGUCCUAUUACCUGAACAGGUUUAACUUUUUGUUUUUGUCAUUGAAACUUAUUCAGGUCAUUUGGUGUCCUUUUGUGGGAGUUACUCACAGGAGAAAUGCCCUACAGGGUAAGUAUAGUUGGCCCAUACAAUAUAUAAGCAACAACAACACCUUACAAACUAUACCAUGCAUUUCAAAUUAGAACUGUUUUAAUAUUACGUAUUUUAUUCAGACAUGUUUGUACUCUAUGAUCAGUCACUUACUUGGAUCAAUGAAUGGUGCUUUCAGUAAGACCAGGCUGCAAGUUUGCAUGUCAGCAAAUGGAAGAUUUUAAAUAGAAAUGAAAUGAUCAGUAAAACAAUUUUUACAAAGGAGACUAAUAUUUAAUGAUCAUUUACCAAUUGAAAGUUUAACACUGAAAAACUCUGUUUGAAGCCAGUUAACCUUUAACUCCCAAGAUCUCAUUAGUAAUUCUCCUUACUACUCUACCAUACAGUUCUUGUGAUGUUAGUUUGGAGAAUUUGGUUUUGGAUCAACCUAUCAUCCCUUAGCUGAUAUUUUUCUUUAUUCUCAUCACUUGUCUGCUUGAUAUUGUACUGAUAUUGUAAGGAGAAAUUCUGUCUUGGUCACUCAUGGGAGUUAAAGGGUUAAUUCUGAAUGGAACUAGCAGGCUAAUAAGAGGGAAAUUACUUUUCAUAUUGUUCUCCAGUGGGUGCUUUACUGAACUAGCCACCUUUUUCAAAUCUUAUUGAAAGCACUGAAUGAGGUCUGUUUUGUUAUCACCUCUACACAAUUCCAUAUUUAAGAAAAAAAGAGAAUUUAGCUUGAAACACAGCUGAGGUAACAAUUGCAUUAUUUCAUGUUACUGAUUAUGAGAUCUUUAAAAAUGAAUAGUCAUUUCACAGUUGCAUACUUGGUUGCCAAGCCUUUGAAGCUAAGGGUGACCUUGUUAUGAUACAAUCUUUAUUGCUUUUCAAUUGUAAAUUACUCUGUUAUCAUGCUAACUAGAUACUGGUCUUUAUCACAAGAAGGUCACCUUCAGCCUCAUUAUAAAUCUUAGCUUGGUAGCUAUGUACACAACUGUGAAAUGGCCUAUUGACUUUUAAUAAAAUGUUUAUGUAGGAUGUGGAUUCCUCUGCCGUAAUCUGGGGAGUUGGCAGCAACAGUUUACAUCUCCCUGUGCCAACCACCUGUCCAGAAGGCUUUAAACUGCUUAUGAAACUUUGUUGGUAAAGUUGAUGAUGUUUUGGUACUUUUGAAUGAUUUAGUUUGAAGUUGUUAAACUUGACUGAUCAGGAAAAAGUCUGUGGAUGUCUGUGUUGGAACAAUCACCAAAUUAGUAACCUACGUUCAGAACCUAUUUUCAUUAUUAUGGCUGAUCUCCUUGAACAUGUAAUUGUGAGCAUGACUACUCCCCCUGGAUGGAACAAUUUUCUCCCAAAUAGUUAAGCACUUUUUUUAGUGGAAUGAGACAGGCCAGUCACCCUGUCAUCAAUUAAAAAGGUUUAAUCUUCAGGUCACCAUUAUUAAUUAAUACUUCUGGGUGUAGAGUGGUAUGUAAUUUUCUGUAUUGUCUGCCACACAAUUCUUAUGAUGUUACUAUUAAAGCUCAAGUUUUUGUCCUUAAAAUUUAUCUCUUAGGAAUAGUAAACCAAAGAAUCGGCCAUCUUUCCAACAAGUUCUUCUUCAUGUAGACAUUGCAGCUGGAGAUGUGAUCAAAACACCACAGGAGUUUUAUUUGAACCGACAAGUGAGUAAAGAAGACAUAAAUGCAGUUAUGCCUGAAACCCCUAAGAUCUGAUAGUUAACCCUUUGGUGUUAGAUCAAGAUAACAACUUGUUAUUGAUAAGUUUGAGUAUUCUCCUUACCUGUUUGCUGGAUGAUGUAUGGAUAUUAUAGGGAGAAGUUACCUGUUAAUCAGUUGUGGGAGUUAUAGGGUAAGGCCAAGAGAUAUAUUCUUGUGCUUUAAAUCAGUGUCCCAAUUUUGUUUGUUUUUUGUUUGUUUGUUUGGAUUACUAUUAAUUAUGGGUAAAAACAAGAGCAUUUUUAUUAGUAGUUUAAGAGAACUAAUAAUUUUUGAAGUGAAAAAGCAAAAUUUAGAUGAGGUGAACAAAGAUUCCCACCUUUGUUUUCUUUAUCCAAGAACUAUAUGCAAAAUGAAGUAUGGGGCUGUGAAGAAAUCUUGACAAGUUUGAUUUUAUUUUUCACAGAUAACAUGGAGGGGGGAAAUCAAGGAACAGUUUGAAAAGAUGAAGAAUAGAAGCAGUGUACACAUGCAGAAUCUUCAACAACUACAAAAACUUGACGAGGAACUCAUUAGAAGAAGGAAGGAAGAGCUUCGGUGAGAACGAAACAAAAAAUAACUUCCUUUCAAUUGAAAGUAUUACCUGUGAAAUUUACCCACCUUAUUACACUUUUGAGUCACCGUGAGCUAUUGGAUUGGUCAUUCGAGUGGCCCAGUCUGAGAUUUAAAGCUGUUUUUAUAGCCAAAGUGUUGCAUUGUUUUACAAACUUUGUCUUCUUGGUCUCUUAUGUGAGCUAAAGAUCCCAGGGGAAUCAAUAAAAGCCAUGAAGUUACCGCUGGUCUAUCUCUUAUCGCCUUCUGUUUAGCCUGAGUGUAGGCUCUCGCGUUUAGGUUUCGCCUUACGGCAGACGCUUAUCACACCAUCGGCAACCGCUCAUAGGAAAAGUUAUCGAAACCCCUAGGAGUUUCCCCUGUCCAAUAAAAGUUGGUUCGUGUGUAGCAAGAUAUCACUAAGCAUUGCCUAGGGGUUUGAUGAUGUAAUAGGCGGCUGCGCCCAGAAAAGGGGGCAUAAGGCGAAACCCAACACGAGAACCUGCGCGGGCUAAACAGCGGCGGCAAGAGGUCUUUCAGACGGUAGCCAGGUUUGAUCAGUCUCAAUGGAACCCUUGAUUUCCCUCCUUUUGUGAGAUGCGGUGCUCGUUCGGAAUUUUGUACGACUUAAAGCAUACUGGUUACGGCCACAACAUUGCCGUAAACCCCACGUUUUAACUCUCCAACUACUCUAUUUUUACACUUUUAGCACGUUCUCUGUAAUUUUGCUCUAGAGCUUGUAACGUCGUUCUCAGACGUCGUAUUCUCUUGAUACAAAUUGUGAACAAAAAUGAAAAACAAUCAAACAACUUUUGUAGAUCGAUGUUAUUCUCGCGUUUGAUUUCAGACAUGCUCAGGAUAUCCGAGUUCAUUAUGAGCAGAAGUUGGAGAGAGCUAACAGUUUGUACAAAGAAUUAAACGAAUGCAUGCAGCAUCUGGAAGCCCGAGAAAAGGAACUUCUCAGGUGAUAAUAAAGACUGAAGCUAAAGAGGGAUUUAAUUUGUUGUGGUACGGGAAAGGAAACAGUCUCAAGUACCCCGCUUGGAAUCAAAUUUGAGAUAUGAGAUCUUCUCACUCCGAUUCUCUAUCGCCUUAACAUCAAUGUGCAUAUUCUCCAUGCUGUUCUCUACACACAUCCUUAAGUGCUGAAAAGGAGAAUUUGAUUAAGAAUCAAGAGUUUCUUUAGUUGGAGAUCAUUUCGUUAAUUCUCAUAACCUUAAUGUGUGAUUCAGGGGUGAUAUCGUAAGGAGAAAUCACUUGCUAGUCACUUAUAAGGGUCACAGGGUUCAUCUACGAAUUUAUUCUCUCAGUUGUAUAGAAAGACCGUCAAAACGAGUGGAUAACUGGUUACUAGGUGUUAACCCUUUUCUAAACAACAUUAUUUUGUCGUUCCUGUGAACUGUCUUUUCAGACGCGAACGUCAAUUUCGAGUCCUAAACAUCAGGAAGAGGCAGAUGAAGGUAGAGCUUAAGGGACGCACUUCUGAUGUGGAGAAAGGAGAGCUCGAUCAAUUGGUCACAAGGCUACCCUCUUCAAGCUGGUGAGUAUGGAAAGAAAAGGGGGCGAGAUGGAGGGGGGAAGGGGACAGAAAUAAGCGGGUGGGCGAGGAGGAGAUGAAAAAGCGGAGUGAUGGAAUUAGCGAAGGAGAGAGUUUGGGGGAGGGGAGGGAUAAGUUAAGGAGGAAAAGGUGCCACAAAGAUGUGUGGAGAUAGACGAAUAAAGGGGCUAAGUUUUUGUAGAAACUGUGGUGUUGCGUUGGUGGGAGCGUAUAACACGGAAAAUUAGCAUUCUCAACUAAGUUGAUAACGUAAAUUGGCCACCGUAAAGAGUUUCAAAGCUGACGUUUCGAGCGUUAGUCCUUCCUCAGAACGAAGAAUCGCUCAGUUGUUGAUACUAAAUUACUACGUAGAGAUAGAGGACAUAGACGGGAAUUGAAGAUGUAAGGGUGUGUUUGUGUGUGGAGGAGAAGGGGAGGGUAGAGAGGAAGAGAGAGAGAGAGAAAGACAAUGAGUCUGCCUGUGAGUAGGCUCGUAUGCUGUAGCACAAGCAGAGAAGCGAGCUGAUGAGAAAUGAGAUUAAUGGCUUGCUUUGCCAGCCGUCUGAUCUCUGGCGGUUUCACCGGUCAUACCACAAUGUAAAUGGGAGCCAGGAGAAGAUCAGGCUUCAGCGGAGAGCAGCAAGGUGGAAUGUGAAUACGCUGUUGUAAACUCACUUGUGAAUCCUUAGGGAGUUUGUCGCUUUAGUUUUUGCAGUUCAAUGUCUCGAUGACAAGUUAUUUUAGAGCAGUUUUCAAGUGAGUAUUGUGAGUGAUCCUGGAUUUUUAUGGUCUUGCUUUAUUUUGUUCUGUGAUUGGUCAAAAACAAAACUUACGCCACAUCUCAACUAAGCAAAUGCAAAACUAGGACCAAUUCCAUCUUGAUCACUCGUGUUUCCCGCGCUUCAAGCAGGUUACCUGUUUUUACUUGAAGUUCUCAAUGGCUAAUGAUGAUGUCAAUCUUUGUUAUGACUGGUAGUUAUGAUUGCUUUAGUUUUGGUUUAUCGAAACUAAAUUGGAAACUAUGGUAACGAUAAAUUAGAUUAUUGUAGACUCAUCUAAGUGUUGUUAUUUUCUUUCCUUUUUUUCUUUUUUUUUAGUCCCAACACCUCAAGCAGUUCCAGCAGCCCAACAGAACACGACUGCUGGCCUCAAGAAGCCGACAGUGACGAACAACAGACACAGAGUUACUUUAAAAAGAUUAAAAGAAGUCGUGGUUGUUUAAACAAAUCAAAGCGUCGUAGAUCACCCGGAACACCAAGGGCUCUGACCCAAAAUAUUAAGGACCUUAUGUCCCCAGAGGGCCCAAACAAAGGACACAAAAAGGGGCCUUGUUGUCAGGGUCGUAUAGAAGGCACUUCUUGGGGUAAUACAGAUGAGAGUCCUGGUAGUUGUAGUGACAUUGACAAUAAUCUUGCUACAUUAAGCCACUCCUGUAGUGAUUGCCCCUACACGCCUGGGUCUCCUGUCAUCAAUGUCACAGGACGGAUAGCGAAACGGAGAAAAAGAUGGAACUCAAACUCAGAGAGCUCCUCUGAGAGUAAUCAUCUUUCACCGCGGAAAUGCUCGGCAGAUGAAAUAUCCGACCUCGAGCCAGAGUUUAUUCCUAAACUGACGAACGACUCUAUGGAACUGACAGAAGAUGAACAAUUUACAAACGUCAUUCUUCAAUUUUCAGAAUCGUGUCUAGACGAAGAGGUGAGUUUCAACUUACAUAGGAUCUGUAGACCCAGAUAG